AACCUCUCGAUACGCAAAGGUAUCAGCUUCUGGGAAAGAUAACGGUUUCAGGCGCUCUUCAGAAGACGAAGCUGCUGCACGGCAUUCCAACGGAGUUUCAUCAAAGGAAGAAUAAGUAGGAAGGAAGUCAAUAUUGACCAUCUGUCUUUAAUAAAACAGUGUUAUCUCAGAGAAAUUGAUUCGAGAUGGAAGACCAGCAAUCUUCACCAACAGCACCGGAGGAUUAUAGAAAAGAAGAGAACGAAGAUUCCAGAGAGGAGGAAAAUGAUGAUUCCAGGGAGGAACCUGACGAGGAAAACAAAGAAUCAAAGGAGGACUCUGAAAAGGAGAAGGUUGACGAUAAUCUCCUGAAAAAAGAUAAAGAAUCAAUACAAUUAGAUAUCCAGACAGAAGGAGAUGACACAGCCACUUUACCACUGCGUAAGAAGAAAGGUGACGAGGCCAAAGAGAAGUCCAAAAAUAAACCGUCCAUGUAUCUAUUUCCCCUCACCAGAUUGAAAAUUGCGUGGUCGAGUUCGUCCAAUGUCUGCGAGUUUUUUUUCAAGGCUGUCUUGAUUAUAUUUUCGACCUUAGGAUGGAUGUUCUGUGUUGGUGGCUUUCCUUUUAUCUCGCUUGCUCUGCUGAUAAUAGGUUGCAUCUACAUCGAUGACUGCAAAAUCCAACCCAACAUUCCAUUGUAUUUGAUAGUGUCUGGUGUUUUGGGAACCAUUCAGCAUUUCAUUGCAAUUUGGACGAAAUAUGUGCCUAAAGAUUCCUUAGGGCGAAUAAAGGAAUACCGAAAUUAUUGUAAAAUAGUUGAUUGCGUUAUACAGCUUUUCCUCACUAUAUGGUUUGUGCUAGGUUGCAUUUGGGUGUAUGGUGUGUACAACGAGGUUGAGUACCGAGAUACCGAGAGGAAUGAGUACUGUAACCAAACACUAUACCUUUUCGCAUUCUGGAUUCUCAACUUCUCUUUCAUGAUACUUGCUCUUCUUGCUGUCAUCGCUUUGAGUUGCAUUGUUUGUGUCAUGGUUUCUCCAAAGAACAGAAACAGAGAAACUGAAUCGAUUGCAUAAGAUACAAACACAAGGAAGAUUUAAAAAAUGCAUUAGAAACUUUUUCUUAGAAAGCGACUCAUCAAGUCAAAAUAUGAACGGAAAAUAUCUUAUCAAGUUUCUGCGCCAUAAAAAUUUAUAUUACUUUUUCAGAUGUAUAUCAUUUGCUUUUGUGCCAUAAACAAAUUUUAAUUUUUUUAAGAAUAAAAAUGUUUUUAUAAGAAGA